AGAGGCGCGCGCUCCUCUCUCUCGUCACUGGUAGACAUAUAGGUCUACAUCAACACAUGCAGGCGAGCCGAACGAAACCUACACACGUUUACUCAUGUAGAUAGACCAGUCGGACGUCUGCACACAGUUUCAAGUGGAUACAUGGCAGGUCAGAGGAUGUAGUCGUGCCUCAUAGUUUGUGUGAGCGUCACCUGUAACCCACAUUGGAACACAGGUUUCUCCUGCGUGGCCUCUACUUCAACUCGACUGAAAAGCACAAAGAGAACUAAGGUAGACUAAAUGUCACUGAACUGCUGCUGACUGCAAGCGAGGCCUAUCUGGAUCACAGCUCUUAGUAUCUCGUGGGGACAUGGAGCUGUGCGCUGUGGUGACAGGCUGUUACUUGGGCUGGGUUGUUCUGGCAUUGUUUCCAAGACGGGUCGUCAGGCCACACAUUAGGAUAGUUCAGGAUGUCCUGAUACAGGUAGUUGCAGCCUUCCUCCUGAGCUGGCUCUGCUGCCGUGUGCUGGCUGCCUGCGUCCUGGCUUUCCUGACACUGGUCAUGUACAACGACCUGCCCAGUCCUUGGACAAGGGUCAAUGAAAAGGCUGUGCUCAUCACUGGCUGUGAUAAAGGUUUGGGUCAUGCUUUGGCCUUGAAGCUGGACACAAUGGGCUUCCAGGUAUUUGCAGGGUGCCUCUUCAUGGGAGGGGAUGGUGAGAGGAACCUUGUGAAAGAAUCCUCCAGCAGGCUGACCACUCUAAAGAUGGAUGUAACAGACAGAGAGCAAGUGCUCCAAGCAGCUCAGUUUGUCAAGAACAAACUAGGAGACAAAGUGCUACAUGGUGUAGUCAAUAAUGCCGGGAUCUUAAUGUCUGGCAACAUGGAAAUUAUGGCUUACUCUGACAUACGCAAAAUCAUGGAGGUCAACUUCAUGGGGGUCAUACACAUCUACAGGGCUUUCAUGCCACUUCUACGCCAACCUCGCAGAGGGACGUCAAGGCUGGUCAACAUAGCAAGCAAUGUAGGCCUGGCUCCAUCCAGCCUGAUGGGGGCUUAUGGGGCAUCUAAAGCUGCCGUAGCAUUGGUCACAGAGACAUGGAGAUAUGAACACAAACAGUUGGGUGUUGACGUGGUGACCAUAAUACCAAGUGGAUAUAAGACUGGAAUAUUGGAGUACAAUCAAGAAGCAGUGGCCAACACUUGGUGGGAACAGGCCACACAAGAGGUCAGAAAUUAUUAUGGUAGAGCCUGUUUUAUGGCCAUCAACAGAAGAAAAAAUUACAGAGACUUCCUGAGCCCAGAUUUCUCUGGCAUCACAGACUGCAUGGUGGAUGCCCUCUUGUCCAGCCAGCCGAGACCAAUCUACUACAAAGGGUUAAUAGCCAGGUCACUGCCUUUCCUGUACUUGCACACACCCUCCUUCAUCUGGGAUGCCAUUAUGCCCUACUUCUCAGAUAACUACCUGUUUCCUGUGCAAGCUUUGCUAGAGGACAACUUUGAACAAAAUUCCAAGUUACAGUAGACCAGAAAAUCAACACUCAACCGAAACUGACACCAAAUCAGAUGAUUCAGUUACAUAAACUGGAGGAGUCAUCUUAGGAACAACCACAGACACAUGUCAAAGCUAUGGUAGAGGAUGACUUAAGGAAGAAGAUAAAACACUUGACACUCUAGCCAGAUGGUUCAAUGACAUGAGCUAGAGGGGACCACUAAAGGACAGAUUUGGAUGCAAGUUUAAGUUACAGAAGAUGAUAAGUGUCUAUCCAGUCAACAAUUAAUAUUAAUAUGAACAAGAGAACGCAUGAUAGUAUAAUUAUCACAUAUCAAUGAAUGUUCUUGGUAAUCAUGCUUAAGGAACUAUACUUAAAGGUACAACAAGAAUGUAAUUUGAACAUUAAAUUUUUGUUAACAGAUGCUGGGUAUUCUGGGAACUGUGAAAAGACAAACAGGGUUUUUCUUUUAUGUUUGCAAUGUAUCUUUGCUAUUCAUUUUUUUAUAUAUUGAUUUAUUUUUGUUGCUAUUGUUUCAAAAACAAAAGUAUAUAUGUGACAGCAUUUAAAGAUUUACAAUCAAUCAAAAAUUAAGCCUAGAAUGCUUUAACAAUUUCUAUGAACCUUUCAAACUAAAAAGGAGAGUUUGAAACAUUUUUUUGCUUAUGUGCAUUACUCUACACUGGUUUAAGAAUCUCAAGCAACUUGACUGGUUUAUGGCAAGCAGUUACUUUUUAUGCCAUAUUUUGCCACUGAACAAGUUGAAAGAUCAAUUUUUACUGGGAAAUAUUUAAAAUCCUUACAGAUAUGUACUUUUUUUUGUAAAAAUGAUUAAUUGCCUCGUAACGGCAAUCAAUGUUAUUGCAAUAUGUUUUUUUUAAUUCUCUUACAUGACUUGUUAGUCAUCAAUUCUAAUUUACAAUGAUGACCCACAGAAAGAUAUGAAAGGUGGAAAAUAUUCAUUAUAAUAUUGAGUCAUGUUAUCUUCCUAUGGUAAGAUGGUGAUCCUUUAAACCACCUCA